AUGCACAUUCCUUUCUCAGCCCUAGCGGUGGCCGCUGGCCUCCUUGCCUCUCCCUAUGCGGUAAACGCACUAUCCGAAAGCGAUAUACCCACCGAUACUCCAGUCUCCUCACUUUUGUCGUCGGCCCAGGCUCAUCUUUCACGUGGCGAAACCAGCGAAGCCCUGGUCUACUACGACGCUGCGGUAGCUCGCGACCCCUCCAACUACCUCACUUUUUUCAAACGGGCAACCACCUACCUCUCCCUUGGCCGAACGAAUCAAGCCACCGAAGAUUUCAACAAAGUCCUGGCGCUGAAGCCUGGCUUCGAAGGAGCACAUGUCCAGCUUGCCAAAAUACGGACCAAGGCCGGCGACUGGGAGGGAGCAAGGGAGCAGUUUAUACUAGGUGGCAAAUCUAAGGGUUCGCAAGAGAUAAGCGAACUGGAUGAAGCACAAGUGGCUAGCGAACUCGGACGUGCAGCUGAGCAGAAUGGGGACUGGGAAGCCUGUAUUAACCAUUUCAAUACGGCGAUCGCAGCCGCGCCGAGAGCCGCCUCCUUCCGUGAAUCUAGGGCGCAUUGUCGGCUCGAAACGGGGGCCCUCGAGGCCGCCAUCACGGAUAUGCAGCAUCUGCUCCAUCUCAUGCCGGGAGAUGUCACCCCCCAUCUCAAGGUUGCGGCUAUGGCGUUCUACUCCCUCGGCGACCUAGAAAUGGGCCUGGCGCAGACCCGAAAGUGUUUGCAAUCUGACCCUGACUCGAAACCCUGCAAAAAGUUGUUCAGGCAACAAAAGUCGGUCGAUAAGGCGCUUGAAAAAGCGACCAAGGCGCUACAAAGCACGAAGCCAGCGAGUGCCGUAAAGGUGUUGGUGGAUUCAGGAGACGAAUCCGGUCUGAUAACGGAUAUUGAGGAGCAGGUCAGGGAACUACGCGACCAAGGAUUCCUACCACCUAGGGGGCCUGUGGAGCUACAAAAGAGAGUUCUAGAAAUGGCAUGCCAGGCUUAUUACGAGAUGAAUAGCAAGAAAGCACCUGAGUUCUGUAAAAAGGCUCUGCAGAUGGACGAAAAUUCAUUCUACGGUCUCCUCCAGCAGGGGAAGGAUCAGUUUGAGAGCGAAGACUAUGAGGCAGCUAUUAGGACUUUCGAGCGCGCGGCAGAAGUGCGCCCGGACAGAAGAGACACAGUCCGAUCACUCCUCGAAAAGGCAAAGAUAGCAUUGAAACGGAGCAAGACGAAGGACUACUACAAGGUUCUCGGCGUUUCUCACGAUGCCGAUGAGAGACAGAUCAAGUCGGCGUAUCGAAAGGCGUCAAAGCAGUUUCACCCUGACAAAGCCGCGCACCAGGGUCUCAGUAAGGAAGAAGCGGAGAAAAAGAUGGCUGCCAUCAACGAAGCCUAUGAGGUCCUUAGCGAUCCGGAACUCAGAGCUCGUUUUGACAGAGGCGACGACCCGAACGACCAAUCUGGCCAGUCGAAUCCUUUCCAGGGCAACCCGUUCCAUGGGGGCGGUCACCCAUUCUUUUUCCAGAAUGGCCACGGCGGUGGUCAAAAGUUUGAAUUCCACUACGGCUUUUAG